GGCGCUUAUCGCUCUGUUCCACCAUCAGUCCAAAGAAGCUGAGUACAGAAGAACAUCGCAUCACGUCUUGGUUGAAGAUUUAGCGAUGAAAAAGAUGCAAACACCAAAAUAAGAUGCGCGCACCAGAAGAUGGCAUUCUGGCGCGUCUGUCUGCAUGCACAAUGAGCUCAGUGCCUGUGUGGUGAGGACAUCAUAGCACCAGUGAAGAUGUUCUGCGCCAGGCUGAAGGAGCUGAAGAUAACCGGAGAGUGUCCUUUCUCCAAAAGCGACCAGCAUCAAGAGCAGGAGAAGGAAGAAGAACAGCAGCGUGGAGAUGCCGGGGAGAGCUCGGCAGCGCGCGGCAGGAGGAACGCGCACGAACCCGCACAGAGGAGCACCAGAGCCAAAGUGAACCUGCAUACCCUCGGAGAGAGCAUUCGCAAACUGGCGUGUCCCCAGUUCCAGAGGCUGCACGCUGCCCUCCAAAGUAUGAUGAAACAAAGAGAAUCGGAAAGCAUUGCAGUUUGUUGCACAGACUGCAGAGAAGAACCGGAACAUUUAAUGAAGAUGAUGAACACUUACUCAACCAAAACAGCCAUUCCGAUUGAAGCCUUGAGAGUGUCCCUCGGCGAGGAGCUCUUCCAAAUGUGCUACGAGGAGGACGGUCACAUUUUACGGGUGGUGGGGGGCGCGCUUCACGACUUCCUCAACAGCUUCAACGUGCUCCUGAAGCAAAGCAGCGCGCCCCGACUUGAUGGAGGGGAUUGUUUAAAUCAAGCAUCCGUGCUGUGCAUAGACAAAGAUCCGGGUCUGCUUACUGUCUACUUCUUCAACCCUCACCCCACUACCGAGCUCUUCUUCCCUGGGGUCAUCAAGGCAGCCGCCCGUUUGCUCUAUCACACCACCGUGGAUGUGCUGAUGGACCCGCCCAGCACCAAAGACAGCAUCCUUCAAUCCAACCCGCAGCACAGUCUUCUAUACACCGUGGUGGUCAAGGGGGAUAAAAACCUGAGCCCCAGUCCUCUGCGGGCGAGCUCAGCUGGGACCCUUCCUACCUCUCUGUUUUCCACUAUCUUCCCCUUCCAUCUUAUCCUGGACCAAGACCUGGUUCUGGUUCAAAUCGGACACGGGCUCAGGAAGAGACUGAGCAGGAAGGACAGUCUCAGGCGGGCUUUGACUUUCCAAGAACACUUCUCCAUCGUGUGCCCUCAAAUCAAAUGUACCUUUCAAGGCAUCCUGACCAUGCUCAACACCCAGUUUGUCCUUCGGAUCAAGCAAGGGGUCUCCGGAACGGACAACACAGUAAAGCUCAUGGACCUCAAGGGCCAAAUGAUCUACGUUUCCGAGUCCAACGUGAUCUUGUUCCUGGGUUCGCCGUGUGUGGAUAAGCUGGAGGAGCUAACGGGGCGCGGGCUCUACCUGUCCGACAUCCCCAUUCACAACGCACUACGUGACGUGGUUCUGGUCGGAGAGCAAGCCAAAGCGCAGGACGGCUUGAAGAAACGUCUCGGGAAAGCCAAAGCGGCAUUGGAGCAGGCCCACCGGGCGCUUGAGGAAGAGAAGAAAAAGACAGUGGACCUUCUUUUCUCCAUCUUUCCUGGUACCGUAGCUCAGCAAUUGUGGCAAGGCCAGACGGUCCAAGCUAAGAAUUUCGAGCGGGUCACCCUGCUGUUUUCCGACUUGGUGGGCUUCACGGCUGUUUGCUCGCUGUGCACGCCGAUGCAAGUGAUCACCAUGCUCAACGAGCUAUACACCAGGUUCGACCAUCAUUGUGGGGAGCUUGAUGUUUACAAGGUGGAGACCAUUGGGGAUGCUUAUUGUGUUGCUGGUGGCCUACAUAAGGAGAGUGACAACCAUGCGGCCCAGAUUGCAUUGAUGGCCUUAAAGAUGAUGGAGCUUUCUGAUGAAGUCAAGACUCCAACUGGAGAACCAAUACAGAUGCGUAUCGGGCUGCACACCGGAUCAGUGCUGGCCGGUGUAGUCGGAGUAAAAAUGCCACGUUAUUGUCUUUUUGGAAAUAACGUCACCCUGGCCAACAAGUUUGAAUCGUGCAGCCAACCUCGCAAAAUCAACAUCAGUCCGACGACGCACAGAUUGCUGAAGGAGCGUCCAGAGUUUGUUUUCAUUCCCAGGAGCAGGCAGGAGCUUCCGGCCAACUUCCCAGAGGACAUUCCUGGUGUUUGUUACUUUUUAGAGGCUUCCUUCAAAACUUCACAAGUGACUCGGAAAUGAAGUCCAGCUGCUGCAGAGAAGCUCCUGAAGCUCCACCUCAGCGCUUCUAUAUUAGAGUUGUCCAGAUAUUGAUGUCGCUAAGUGUUUGUCUCGCUUGCGGUCAUUUCAAAAUGCAGCUGAUGGCUGAUUCCCACAAAUGAUUGACGGUCCCACCGAGUACGUACAUCACAGUUCCCAUUUGAGAGUUAUAAAUCUACCCCAACCAUCAAUUCACCCCCAACUUCACAGAGACUAUUUUAAAUAUUAUACACUGUGGAAUUCUCAAUGUUGGACAUCAUCUGCGCCGUGACCGUGACACUGGUUUACUUCCAAGUUGUUGUCAUUGAAAAACAAAUUUUCCCAUGGUGAAUAAUGUCAAGUCAACUCAUUCCAGGUUCACACUGUUGACACCAUAAAAUUGUUAUUUACUGUAUUACGCAGGCAAUUUUUUAAUGAACAUCAAAGUUAACCAUUGACACAUAAAACUCAAACUUAUGGAGUGUAACAUCACACGUGAUAUUUGCAACUAUAGGUUUUGGUUAACUUUCAAGGAAUAGAUUGUUUUUCAGUGUGUGUGUGUAAUCUAGUUUAAAUUGUACCAAUUUUUGGCAUUUCAAUUUAAGAGGUUCCACAUUACAAGCAAUGUUGUGUAAAGGUCAUAGUAGCAAUUUCACGCAACCCCAACAAUGCAAUAAGUAGCUUGAUAUUGCUAGAUGAUCCUAUUAUCCAUCUGUACAAACACUCACUGCAGGAUUAAUCCGUUCUAAAACUGUUAAUAAUUAUUCAAACCCAAAUUUAAGGCACUUUUAUUCUUAUUAUUAUUAUUACUUAAAUAUUUCAAUAUACAAAUGAAUGCUGCCAAAUAGGAUCAGUGACAUCGCUUGAUAACAUAGAUUCCAAAUGCUUUUUGGGUUAGAAUGAUCAAAUAUUUUGUUAGGAUGGGAAAGAAAUUCUAUAGAUAUUUUUCCAGUGAAUAUGUAAGCGACAUUUUCCCCCUUUUGUAAUUUUCUGUCUUCCUGCUUGCACCAUGAACCGGGCAGGAAAAUUAAAAAAGAACACUAAACUGCAAAUCUGCAAAGAAAGAUUUUUACAGGUUUCAAGUUUCACAGAGCAGACUUAGGUGCCUUAUGAAAGCAGGAUAGCACAUUUUGUUGUUAAUAAAGUGGAUCACUUUUGUUUCUUCCAAUAUGAAUGCAAGCCACAGAUUCUUCCAUCAAAGUAUAUAUUUGAAAUACAUUCAUUAUACAUUCCAGUACUGCAGUUUCCUAGUAAAGUAUUUUUACUGUUUUCACUGUACACAUGUUUAUACUCUAUUUAUUACAUUGUUUCAUAGCACAAAGAGCAUACAAAAACAAAAAUACAAUGAAUGUCCUUCGAUCACUCAUAAGGAUGUGCUUUAAUUGUUACUGUAGUGCAAACAAGAGUGCAAUAAAUAUAAGAUCAAAUGAA